AUGAGUGCAUUCUUUUCUUUCCAUCCAUUUCUUAUCUUAAUUUUUUUAAUAUUGAUAACUCAUGACGGUGUUUUGACGAGUCCUCUGCUCAAAAAACGUGCAAAUUUCACAUGCCCGCAAAUAGUAACACCACUUUCAACCGAUUCAAAGACGAUCGUUGGAUAUUUUCCUGGUUACCUCUCUCAGUACACUCGUUAUGCUUCAUCGUCUUCUGACAGUUAUUAUAAUUACAUUAGUCCAAGUAAAAUUCCUUGGAACAUUACACAUCUAAACUGGAUUGCAUUUGGUCCCGAUGAUGUUUCAAAUAAAAAUAUACCUCCAACAUCAACACAUGUUUUUUUAAGUAACACUGUAGCCUAUAGAGAUACAAAUCACAUUCCAGUCAAAAUAUUUUUGGCGAUCGUUUUAACGGGAAACAUCAAUAUCAAUUCUAAUCCAUCAUUUGCAAAUGGAACUUCCGGUGACCGUACCGCAUUUAUCACUAAUGUUAUAAACUUUGUACACAAUUAUAAUUUGGAUGGUGUUGAUCUUGAAUAUCCAAAUAGAUUUAAUUGCGGAAAGUGGUUGAAUGAUAAAAAUUUUGUCCCGUUAGUAGAUGAAUUAUCUGCUGCCUUAAAAGUAAUUAAUAGAGAAUUAUCAAUAACGGUUGGUCCAAUUCCAAUAACUGGGUUGAAUCCUGAUUCAGUUAGUUUUGUGAAUGUCAUGGCAACUCAAGUAAAUAUAGUCAAUAGCUUAACCACACCUACAAAUAAAACAGGUCCAUGUGUCACAUUGAAUCAGACAUCAGCAAUUAUGAGUAAUUGGAGUAUAAUCGUGAAACCAGCAAAACUCAACUUGGGCGUAGACUUUUCUGGUGUUGUUGAAUUAACUGCUCCAGUUGAUUUGGGCAGUCUUGACAAUAGCCAAACUAUCCCACGUAACUUAACAAAAGCUCCAUUCAUUACUUCUUAUAACAGUGAUCCCUCUAUUUAUCUAUUUUAUGAUAAAUGUUCAUUUACGUUGGAUCAUUCUAUUCAAUUAUAUCCAUGGUACUUUAUGAGGCAGGAAACUGGACAACUGAUAGAUACUUGUACGACUGGAAAUGGUUGGGCUCGUAAAUUUGAUUCUGAAACAAGUACCACAUAUCUUUACAAAGUUAGUUCAAAUUCAUCCGUCGUGGGUUCACCAAUAUCAGUUUAUGAAUAUGAUUACGUCUCUUAUGAAGAUCCCCAAUCCAUUCAAUAUAAACUGAGAUUGAUUGCAGAUAACUCGUAUGGCGGUAUAGCCAUUUCAGAUCUUUAUGCUGAUAGUAGUGAUAAAGAAAUGUUAAAUGCUAUAGUAUCUGCUUUUCCAAUUUCUUAUAACAAUGUUACUGAUUCUUCCAAUAAUGGGUUAUCAAGAAGUUUAAUUAUUACAAUCAUUGUAGUAGUCUUGGUCUGCUUCUGUUUUUGUGGUAUCUGCGCUAAAGUUGUUGGUGAACCCGAUUCAUCAGUACCUUUGGUACUGAUAGCAUUGAUAAGGGCUGCAGUGAAAAGACUAUAA